AUGGCUGCUACAAGCAACGUGACUGAAAUCAUUUUCUUGGGGUUUUCCCAGAAUUGGAAUGAGCAGAGGGUCAUUUCUGUGGUGUUUCUUCUCAUGUACAUAGCCGUUGUGCUGGGCAAUGGCCUCAUUGUGGUGACCAUCCUGGCCAGCAAAGGGCUCACCUCUCCCAUGUAUUUCUUCCUCAGCCACUUAUCCUCCGUGGAGAUCUGUUACUGUCCUGUCACGGCCCCCAAGCUGAUCUUCGACUCUUUUACCAAGAGGAAAGUUAUUUCUCUCAAGGGCUGCAUCACACAGAUAUUUUUCCUCCAUUUCUUUGGUGGCACUGAGAUCUUCCUCCUGACGGUGAUGGCCUAUGAUCACUACGUGGCCAUCUGCAAGCCGUUGCACUACACUGCCAUCAUGAACCAGUGGAUGCGUGGCCUCCUGCUGGCAGUAGCAUGGGGCAGGGGCCUGCUGCAUUCUGUUGGGCAAACUUUCCUCAUUUUCCAGCUCCCUUUGUGUGGCCCCAACAUCAUCGACCGCUACUUCUGUGAUGUCCACCCAGUGCUGAAGCUGGCCUGCGCGGACACCGUCCUCAUUAGCCUGCUGAUCCUCACCAAUGGCGGCUCCAUCUCUGUGGUCAGCUUCUCAGUACUGAUGGCUUCCUACCUGAUCAUCCUGCACUCCCUGAGGAGCCACAGCUUGGAGGGGCGGCAAAAGGCCCUCUCCACCUGUGCCUCUCAUGUCGCAGUUGUGGGCCUGUUCUUCAUACCCUGUUCCUUUGUCUACAUGAGGCCCUGUGUCACCCUCCCUGCAGACAAGAUAGUCGCCGUAUUUUACACGGUGGCCACACCUCUCUUAAACCCCGUCAUUUACUCCUUCAGGAAUGCUGAAGUGAGAAACGCCAUGAGGAGACUCAUGGGGAGAAGAGUAAUUUGGGAAGAGAAGUAG